GUUUAAUCUUGAAAGGAAAUAAAAGAAAGCUUUGAUAACGACUCACACAUUCUGUUCACCACUCGACUGGCACGUUCUCUAAAGAAUCAAAAUGAAGAUUUUGUUACUACUUUUGGCUGUUGCUGUUCAUCAGGCACAUUCCCAAGCAUGCCGUGAUUUGUAUGGAGGCUGCUCGCGAAUGAGGGCUUACUGCACAAAUGCAGCUUGGAGGAACUUCAUGCGACAUUACUGUGCCCAAACAUGUAAUUUCUGCGCAGCGCCCACUCCAGACCCCAACCCUAACCCCAACACCCAACCACCACAGCCACCAGUACCAGGACAGUGCGGAAACCCACAGGUCCAGGCCAGUCGUGUUAUAGCUGGUGAUAACGCCAAACAAGGUUCUUGGCCAUGGCAGAUCCUUUUGAUGUACAACAACAGAGGAAUGUGUGGCGGAUCUCUCGUUGCACCUAACUGGGUUGUUACGGCUGCUCAUUGCAUUGAUGGCAAAGAAAACCAAGCUCAGUACUUCAAAAUCAGAGUCGGGGAACACGAUAGACGAAGCAAUGAUGGAAACGAACAAGACAUCCAAGUAUCCAGAAUCUUCAAGCACCCAUCAUACAGCCGACGGGUUAUCAACAACGAUAUCGCCCUUCUAAAGCUCAGCAAACCAGCUAAGUACGGGAAAUACGUCAGCCCUGUCUGUCUACCACAACACGGAGCCGAUGUGCCAGUUGGAACUCACUGCUACAUAACCGGUUGGGGAAAGAUACAACAUCCAGGUAACAUGCACUACCUUUUGCAACAAGGCAGAAUUCCAGUUGUGUCUCAACAGGUCUGUUCCAGCUUGAACACAAGAACUGCAGGAAUACCAAUCACAAGGCAAAUGGUCUGUGCCGGUUAUGGAGGUUCAUCAAGACUCAGUGGUUGUCAUGGUGAUAGUGGUGGACCAUUUGUGUGCCAGACUGGUGGGAAAUGGACACUUCAUGGUGCAGUCAGCUGGGGCUCUGGAAGCUGCGAUUCAACCAAAAGCUACACCGUAUUUGCAAGAGUUUCUGAAUUCAGAAAUUGGAUCGACAGAACGAUGAGAAACUAGAGAACUGGCGAAGAUUACCUUGAUUGACUUGAAGUAUAAAAAUGAUGUAGCUGAAUUAGAUAGUUGAAAUAGAUUGAAACUUAAAAA